AUGCAUGGGUGCAGAUUCCAGAAUUUCCGUGAUGACAAUUACAUCUAUUGUGGACUCGAAAGGAACUUUGCUGAAGUCUUGGAUGGAGCAAAAGGCCACGGGGAUGAUGACGACUAUGAAGACCCUGAGAGUCAUGUGGCAGAGGCAUGGCAAUCGAUGAAAAUUUUACCAGCCAGACCUAUAAAUGAAUCUGAAUAUGCAGAUACACGCUAUUUCAAGGGUGCGACGGACACUCCUCUUUCCUUAGAUGCCAAGACAUCUAUCUCCCUGGAGGGGCAAACCUGGAAUAUGCGGAUGAGGCUGGAAGAAGUGGACAAACCCACCUACAAGGACAUCAGAAGCCAACAUGUUAAAGGAGACAAAGCCACAAAGGGAAACAAGACUCCUUUACCACCUCCUCGGCCGCCCAUCACUGGUCCAAAGAAGUACCAGCCCCCGCCCCCCGAGCCAGAGAGCAGCAGGCCAGCCUUCCCUCAGAGGCACACCUUUCCCGAAGCCCAGAGAGAGCCCAGACAGAUAAGCUUGAAGAACUUAAGUGAGGUCCUUGGAACAGAGAAAGUUCCUUAUCACCGGAUGAAGUCUGAAGCAUUUCACCUGUCACGAAAUCAAAGUACUCCAGAGAUUCCUCUUGCUCUUGCCAGUUCUUCAUUCAUGACGAGCAACCACAGUAUGCAAAACAGAGAUCAUAAAGAAAGCAUGCAGUCCCAUUCUCCUAAGAGAUGUCAGUCUCCAGCCGGCUAUGGCCCUCGGGAAAAUUCGCUGCACCAUAAAAACACAAGCUGGAGAAAACCGUUCCCCGCAAGGUCUGAUGAAAAGGACGUCCAACACAACGAAUGGUACAUUGGAGAGUACAGCCGCCAGGCAGUAGAAGAGGCAUUAAUGAAGGAGAACAAGGAUGGUACUUUCUUGGUCCGAGACUGUUCCACGAAAUCCAGGGCAGAACCCUACGUCUUGGUGGUGUUUUAUGGGAACAAAGUCUACAACGUGAAAAUCCGCUUCCUGGAGAGGAAUCAGCAGUUUGCCCUGGGGACUGGACUCAGAGGAGAUGAGAAAUUUGAUUCGGUGGAAGACAUCAUCGAACACUACAAGUAUUUCCCUAUUAUAUUAGUUGACGGGAAAGAUAAAACUGGGAUCCAUAGGGAACAAUGCUACCUGACUCGGCCCCUCCCUCUCAACAGACACUUCUCAGCUUGGUAGCCUGGCCUGUGUUUAUCUUCAGUUCGGUGGAUCCAAUGUCUCUAUCAUUUUUCAUUUAUUUCGAAAGAUUACAUUCUGUGGUUUUAAGAGAUUAUUUCUUUGGCUUCAUAGAAAAGAAAAACAUUCUAUAAUGGAAAUUGGAAAAUCAAUCACAGUUUUGAAAGCUCAAACCACAGAAGAGAUAUUUAUAAGAUGCAAAAAUUAAAACUAGCUUUAAAAAAAUAUCUUCUAAAAAAAAAAACUAUAAACACGGUCAUUAUGUUCAUGUUACCAACGAGCAACAAAGGUUACAAGGAGCUAUUGCUUAAAUGUUUGCAGCUAGCACAUGACAAAUCUAGGUGACAUUGCCAAAUCUAUGCUCUCUAGAGGACUCAGUGCUGCCUUUUUUAAUUUCAGGACUGUUUGGACUUAGGAAUUUACACUGUUUUCAUGAUUCCUUAUGCUAAAGAUGUUGGUGAAUGAUAGCUCUGUUUGUAAUCCUGGAAAUUUGAUUAUAGGGAAGGACUGUGGUGUGGAAAGCAAGAGCACUUGUGAAUAUCACUUUAAAGACAGAAAUCAGAAAUGCUUUGACUACGGUGUGAAACAGCCAAUGGACC